UGUAUGCGCAAAUGAUUCCCUCGCUCUCUCAAAUUUGCUGUAAAAAACUUAUUAAUAUUAUUUCUGAAGGCAAACUAAAUAAUGUGUGCUUUGAAUUCGACAAAUCAUUGAGUAACUCAGUAUCAUCGUAUGUACUUGACAAUAUAUACAAGAUGAAUCCAGAUUUAUAUAAAAAAGUUACAAAUAUUUUGAACAUAUCAGCGAUAAUAAUUGAUAUGGAAUUCGUGGAAAAGGAUGAUUUUAAAUUAUUUUCUAAUCAAACUGUCAAAAAACUCGUGCUUAAAAACUUGGAACCUUUGAAGAGACUGUAUGCAGAUGAAAUAGAUCCUCCCAAUAAUGUGCACGACAAUCUUGAUAGUGAGUUUGUUUGUAUCAACGAUUUUGCAUUUCCAUUUCAGCAUAUGAAAAUUUCCAAAUCUAACUAAUGUUAACUAAAGUAAUGUUAACUGAAAUCUCUUUGGGUCUUCAAGGAUGCCUUCGUGUGUCCCGCCUGAAAGAUGAGGGAAAAGUUCAAUCAGAGCAGAUCUCGAUUAUCAAAAGAAACUCGUGUGGAGAAGCUCUCGAGGUGUCACGAAAGGCGAGAGAUAUGCUAGGUGGAAAUGGAAUUGUGGAUGAGUACCAUAUUAUGAGACAUAUGGUGAAUUUGGAGACAGUUAACACUUAUGAAGGAACACACGAUGUACAUGCUCUGAUCCUUGGAAGAGCCAUCACGGGACUCAACGGAUUCUGCUAAUUUCUUCCUUUUUAAUUUUCACUUAUUGUCUAGUCUU